GAAAGUCCUGCGUCCAGUCGCUGGCUGGCCGAGUUUGACGUGAACAAAAGAAAAAAAAAAAAAGGCAACUUCACCGAAAACAAAGGCACACUGUGGUCGGCGUUCAUGCGGCUCAUGUAGCAGAAAGCGCGGACGGGCAGGCAGGCGGGCGGGCGCGCGCGCGCCACGACGUUGCAGGAUGGAGAAGCCUCCUUUCCGACACAACAACCACAAGUGCGGCGACUGGGAGCUGAAGGAGCGGCUGGGCAUGGGGGGCUUUGCCCACGUCUACCUCUACCAGCAUCACGUGAGCGGCGAUAAGCUGGCGGUGAAGAUGUGCCGACUGGAACUGACGCUCAGGAACAAGGACCGCUGGAGCCGAGAGAUCCAGAUCAUGAAGAAGCUGAACCACAUCAACGUGGUGACGGCACGAGACGUCCCGGAAGAAAUCAGCUCCAUCGCCUUGAACGACCUGCCGCUGCUCGCCAUGGAGUUCUGCUCGCAUGGCGACCUCAGGAAGGUUCUGAGCAGGCCGGAGAACUGCUGCGGUCUGAAGGAGAGUGACGUUCUGGCCUUACUCACCGACGUGGGUUGCGGUAUCCAGUACCUGCACGAGAACAAGAUCAUCCACAGAGACCUGAAGCCAGAGAACAUCGUGCUGCAAGAAAUCAACGGGAAGCUGGUACACAAGAUCAUUGAUUUGGGCUACGCCAAAGACCUGGACCAAGGCAGCCUGUGUACGUCCUUUGUGGGCACGCUGCAGUACCUGGCGCCCGAGCUGUUUGAGAACAAAGCCUACACGGUCAGCGUGGACUACUGGAGCUUCGGGACCAUGAUCUUUGAGUGCAGCUGCGGAUUCAGGCCCUUCCUGCACAACCUGCAGCCCGUGCAGUGGGCCAGCAAAGUCCGCAACAAAGGGCCCAAAGACAUCAUGGCGGUGGAAGAGGCCAACGGAGAAGUGCGCUUCUCGACACAUCUUCCCUACCCCAACCACCUGAGCAGGACGCUGUUGGAGCCCAUGGAAGCGCUGUUGCAGCUGAUGCUGAAGUGGGACCCGGUCCACAGAGGAGGCGGCGUCCAUCCCGACAGCAGGAAGCCGCUCUGCUUCCAUCUUCUGGAUCAGAUCCUGAGCAUGAAGGUGGUCCACAUCCUCAACAUGACCACGGCCCAGGUGCACUCCUUCCAGCUGGCGCCCGAAGAGUCUCUUCACGCCCUGCAGAAGCGCGUGGAGGCCGAGAGCGGCAUCCGCGUGCUCCACCAGGAGCUGCUGCAGGAGACGGGCGUGUCCCUGGACCCCCGCAAGCCGGCGGCGCAGUGCGUCCUGGACGGCGCGCGGGGCUGGGACGCUUACAUCGUUUACCUGUUCGACAAGAGCGCCACCGAGUACUCGGGCCCGUUCAGCGCCAGGCAGCUGCCGGAAAAAGUCAACACCAUCGUCCAGGAGGCCCGGACGCCGCUGCCCCUGGGGCUGCUGAAGAAGGUUUGGGCGGAGGCGCUGAGCUACAUCUGCGGCCUGAAGGACGACUACGGCCGCCUCUUCCAGGGCCAGCGCGCCGCCAUGCUCAGCCUCCUGCGCUACAACACCAACCUGACGCGCUGUAAAAACAGCAUGUUUGGAUUCUCGCAGCAGCUAAAAGCCAAGCUGGACUUCUUCCGCAGCAGCAUCCAGUACGACCUGGAAAAGUACAGCGACCAGAUGCACUACGGCAUCUCAUCGGAGAAGAUGCUGAAGGCCUGGCAGGAGAACGAGGAGAGAGCGGCGGCUUUCGCUCAGGUGGCGGAGGUGAGCCACUUGGACGACGAGAUCAUGGCCCUGCACUCGGAGAUCGUGGAGCUGCAGCGGAGUCCCUACGCGCGGCGCCAAGGAGACAAGAUGGAGCAGUUAGAGGAGCGAGCCACGGAGCUCUACAAGCAGCUGAAGAUGAAGUGUAAAGUUCCGGAGGCGGACCUGAGCAGCGACAGCUCGGAGAUGGUCAAGGCCAUCGUCCAGACGGUGCAGAACCAGGACAAAGUGCUCAAGGACCUCUACACGCACCUCAGUAAAAUCCUGAGCAGCAAACAGAAAAUUAUCGAACUGUUCCCGCGGAUCGAGAAGACCUUGGAGAGCAUCAAGGAGGCAGACAACACGGUCAUGCAGAUGCAGAUCAAGCGCCAGCGCGAGUUCUGGCACCUCCUCAAGAUCGCCUGCGCGCAGAACUCCACGCGCAACUCGUUGACGACCGGGCCCGAGUCGGCAGCCGUCCCUCAGGUGUCCCAGUGGGCGCCGCCCGCCAGCGCUCCCCAUCCCCUCACCUCGCUCCCCGGGCCCAACGACAGUGACGCGGCCCCCCGCCUGCUGCAGGAGACCCAGAAGUACUUGAGUCAGCUGACCAGCCUCAUGCAAGAAGCGGCGGACGAGCAGGCCAAAAGCAUGGUGGAUCAAGACUGGAGCUGGACCAAGUACGAACCUUUAAGUGGCAAAUUCAAGAAAAGAAACGCGUGAGAGAUGAUGCCGUCGCCUCCGAACCCUCGCCACCGUGACCAUGAACUUUGACCGGGAGGUGCUGUUGAUUUUUCUUCAUGCAAUGUCGUGCCGCUUCUCUUUUUGGGGUGCUGUUCCAAAGCAAAGCACGGCAACGAGGCGCCGAGCAACGGCAGGCAGGCAGGCAGGCAGGCAGGCAGACAGACAGGCAGGCAGACACGCAGGCAGACACGCGACCACUUGGACAGGAAACAGGAGGUGAGGCGACGGUGGGUGGGAAAGUGCACUUUGUAGCCCGGUUCAUGAAGUUGCUGAGCCCAUCCCAAUUUACACUGGCUGAUUGAUUAGUGACUGUGCUGGGACCAAACAAACAAAAGUCUUGACACGCAUUUAAAUGUCCUUUUAAUCGGGCACUGUCGAACCAUCUAAUAAAGAUGAGCCCACGACGAGCGUCGUCGUCCCGA